AUGAAUUGUUUCGAACCUGCACCGGAACUAUACUCUGAUAUUGUCAGAUAUCCACAUAUCGUUUCAAUGAUUCCUUAUGUUCUUACCUUCCGCGCAUUAUACCAGAAACAAAACGAGAAUUUUAAGUCGUUCAGUAAACUUCUUUUAUGGCAUACAAUCGCAAACAAGUCGAAAAUUAAAAUUUUCGAAACUGAAAAAAUGACUGAAGACGGUACUGUAGUUAUCGUUGUGGGACCUUCGGCCACGGCCACGAGUUUCUCUUCAUCUCCGAUUUUUUUGUACUUUCAGAUCCCCCAAACACCAAUAUCCCAGCUUAUUUCUUGUAACAAUGUAUUCGUAUUCCCACCAAUCACAGAUUCUCAUUAUCUCUAUUCAUUAGUAUCAAUUUGUUCUGUCACUACAACUACACUAUUCCUGGUGAUUAUAUCAGUAAUCACAAUACCAUUCCGGCUCCGUGCUCUGCGAAAAGUAGCAUCCAAAAAAACGAUCGAAAUUCAGAAAAUGUCCUUCUUCAUGUCUGAAUUUCUAAAAGUUUCGAUAGGAAAUGAGCCUCUUGAUACGAAAUAUCAGUUCGUCUAUAUUUUGAUGCCUUAUCAUGGAACAGCUGCAACCGUUUCAAUGGUUUGCUUCACGAGACCAGUGAGAGAAAAGAUCAUUCAGAGUUUCCGCUUCGGCGUCAAAGCAAAGGUGGAGGAAAUUAAAAAGGAUACAAAAACGAUGGGAUGA